GUGGUGGGGGUGGACGGGAAGCAACGAGUGCCACGGACGUUCUUCUGCUCCGCGCUGGUCCCUGCCUCGAGUUCUAACCGAUCUUCUCCCGUCGUCGUGAGUCAGUAGUCCGAUCGCGGACUUUCCACGUACCGAAAAAUGGCGCUUUUCAAGCUGCGUUGGGCCUCGUCCCUGGCCAGGCACCUGCCGAACACCACGGCCCAGGUUAGCUGGCCCGUUACUGCCAUCGCCUGCCGCAAGUACCAUGUCUCCUGCAGCCGUCGCUCCGCAGAAAUUUCUGCUAUCCUGGAGGAGCGCAUUCUUGGAUCGGCACCGAAGUCCAAUCUCGAGGAGACUGGCAGGGUGCUCAGCAUUGGAGAUGGUAUCGCGCGUGUGUACGGGCUAAAAAACAUCCAGGCCGAUGAGAUGGUGGAAUUCAGCUCGGGAUUGAAGGGUAUGGCGCUGAACUUGGAGCCUGACAACGUGGGCGUCGUCGUGUUCGGUAAUGACAGACACAUCAAGGAGGGCGACGUUGUCAAACGUACCGGUGCCAUCGUCGACGUGCCCGUUGGCGAGCAACUGUUGGGUCGUGUUGUCGAUGCCCUGGGUAAUCCUAUCGACGGCAAAGGACCGCUGAACAACAAACUGAGGUUCCGUAUUGGAACCAAAGCUCCGGGCAUUAUCCCUAGAGUAUCAGUCAGAGAACCCAUGCAGACUGGAAUCAAAGCCGUGGACUCCCUGGUGCCCAUCGGUCGUGGUCAACGUGAGCUGAUCAUUGGAGACAGACAGACCGGAAAAACCGCCCUGGCCAUCGACACCAUCAUCAACCAGAAACGUUUCAACGAGGCCGGAGAAGAGAAGAAGAAGCUAUACUGCAUUUACGUCGCUAUCGGUCAGAAGAGAUCGACCGUCGCGCAGAUCGUGAAGCGUUUGACGGACAGCGGUGCUAUCAACUACACCAUUAUCGUAUCCGCCACUGCCUCCGACGCGGCUCCGCUGCAGUACCUGGCCCCGUACUCUGGAUGUGCCAUGGGAGAGUUCUUCAGAGACAACGGAAAGCACGCGUUAAUCAUCUACGACGACUUGUCGAAGCAAGCUGUCGCCUAUCGGCAAAUGUCUCUGCUGCUUAGAAGACCACCGGGUCGUGAGGCCUACCCUGGCGACGUGUUCUACCUCCAUUCUCGUCUGCUCGAGAGAGCGGCCAAAAUGAACGAAAACCUCGGCGGUGGAUCGCUGACCGCUCUGCCCGUCAUCGAGACGCAGGCCGGUGACGUGUCUGCUUAUAUUCCUACGAACGUCAUUUCCAUCACCGACGGUCAGAUCUUCUUGGAAACCGAGUUGUUCUACAAGGGUAUCCGACCUGCCAUCAACGUAGGUUUGUCCGUGUCCCGUGUCGGGUCCGCUGCUCAAACCAAGGCCAUGAAGCAGGUUGCCGGCUCAAUGAAAUUGGAACUGGCUCAGUACCGCGAGGUGGCCGCUUUCGCCCAGUUCGGUUCCGACUUGGACGCCGCGACCCAACAGCUGCUGAAUCGUGGUGUGAGGCUAACGGAGCUCCUCAAGCAGGGACAAUAUGUGCCCAUGGCUAUUGAGGAGCAGGUAGCCGUCAUCUACUGCGGCGUGCGGGGCUACCUCGACAAGAUGGACCCCACGAAGAUCACCGGUUUUGAAAAAGAAUUCCUUGCACACAUUAGGUCUACUCAGCAAGAUCUUCUUGCUACUAUCGCGAAAGAAAACGUAAUCAGUGAAGCGUCGGACGCGAAGCUGAAGAAAGUAGUUAUCGAUUUCCUCUCAUCUUACUCGACGUAGAGCGUAAUCAUCGAAAGUCAUUCUAACGUGAGUCAACAUAGCUAACGAAGGAAGAAUUCACGAGGUGUUCUCCGAAAAAAAUUAUUUCCGCUGCCGACGAGCGCGUUAAUGUACCGGUAUUACGCAUUGUCAUGUAUAUAGCGUUACAUGUUUACAGAUGUAAAAUUAUGUAUAAUAUCCGUACAUUAUAGAGGUGUUGCCGCAGCGAUUCCACGUAUGACUUUACUCGAUAGCCAUAUAUGUUGAUACGAAAAAGAUCAGUCUUUAAUAAAAGCAAAAAACUGCUAAUGUUUCGGAGAAACGUACACUCUUUCCCCGUUCCGACGUUGAUUUCAAUGAUAGUAACGAGGAAAUUGAUAAUAUAGAAAUUUUUUCAA